ACGAACAAAAACGCGCGAAUGUACGGUUCGUUCUACAUUUGACACCUCGCAGUGAACAGCUCGGCUUAGUAAGACCAGUAAGACCACGCCGCCUUUUUAGUUCUGUCACCAUGUUCGCCACUGCCGGUGAAGACGUCCAGCUGUGGUGCUCUUCGUCGCUGCAGUCGCGCCUGCGUUUCGACGUUGACGAGUCGCGGGUUCGGACGGUUACGUGCGUCUCCUGGUCAGCUGACGGACAACGGCUGGCCUCGGUCUCUCAGUUCUGCAACUUUGUCAACAUCACAGAUUUCACAAAAACGGAGCACAGACAUGCGCGGACAAAAGUCGAGGGUCCCUGCUACUGUUGUGCAUUCAGCCACAAUGACAGUAGCAGCCUGUGUGUCGGUCUGAUUGAUGGCACUGUGCAGCUGCUUAGAAAUGGAAAGGUAUACUACUCGUACAAGCCACACAAGGAAAAGGUGACGUGCGUGUCGUACAACGAGAAUGACAGCUUUGUGGCAAGCGGUGCGUAUGACGGCAGCGUGGCCCUCCUCUCUGUGGACACAAGGACCUCAAGGAAUCUCAGUGCACCAACCGGAAAGGCCGUGGUUGGUCUGCAGUGGUCAAGCCACAGUAAGUUCAAGCUGGUAACCACUUCGAUGGACGGCUACCUGUGCAUCUGGGACAGCAGCACAAGGUGCCUGAAGAGCAAGCAUGCCGUGCAUCCCGUGCGAGGUUCCAGCUGCCUGUCGCUGUCGCCCAUCAACGAGUCGCUGGCAGUCACAGCCGGUCACGACAGCUGCCUAGUCCUCUUCGACAUGCUCACCACCACCAAGCAGGCAAGCGUGGCCACACCGGAGACCCUGGAGUCGGUGGCCUUCCUGCCUGACGGGCAACGCGUGCUGGCUGGAGGCACGUCUGGUCGUGUUUACUUGUACGACCUACGCAACACCCGACAGACUCCACCCAGCGUGUUCAAUGCCCACUCCAAACCAGUCGCGGCUGUAGCCACCAUGCGAAGCCAGGAGGUGGAGGCACAGAUGAUGGCAUUUGUGAAGGCCUGUGCAAGCGAAGCGGCCACCACCACCACUCGUCAGCCUCAGCACGAACUGUGUCUUCCCGUCCGGUUUUCCUUUGGCUCUGAUGUAGAAGCUGCCGGAGAUCUUGCAAUGGCUUCAACACCUUGCACUUUCAAGCUUCCGGUGAUCACCAAGGAUUUGGUUGGCACAGGUCAGUCUGAGUCUGACGAAGUAUUCAAGGAGGCACAUGAAUCUAACAUUCUGGAUGCAUCGUGGACUUCUUCAGGGACCUCCGCUUCCGUUCAUGGGCGUCGAUCUUUUCGUCUCAGCGACUUCAUGCCGGUGUUGAAUGACUCGGCUAUGGGCCCUGAAAGUCGUGCCUCUCUGUCAAACGUCUCGGAGGAAGCGAGUGUUGAAGACCGGAGCCAAAGAGAGUCACUUCGGGAGUCUCUCCACAUAAAUGGAACUGAGUGCUCAGUGCAGAAUGGUCUUGCAAGCAUCAAAGAUGCUUCAGCAUUGAGCAACUCUGUGCCAUCAGCAACAAUAAAACUCUCUGAAGACCAACAGAUUGAGGGAGGAGCUGCGAUGGAUGUGGAGAGGCAUGCGGAGGAUUCUGCACUGGCAGAACGCCUGUGCCGCAUCGAAGGCAUGCUGUCGGACCAGGCACACAGCCUCGAUGCGCACAAACGCUGCGCAGACGACCGCCUGCGGCGCAUAGAUAACCACUUGCUCCAUGUCCACAUGCAGAUGACUGUGAUGCAGCACUCCUUCAUGAAGGACAUCCAAGCCAUGCUCCAGCAAGUGUUUGAUGAAGUGGCAACACUGCGAGCGGAGAUAGCAGAGCUGCGUGGUGACUCUUAGUGCACACGGUGCUUUUUACUGUAAAUAAUGUAUUUGUUAAACAAUUUUGUUUUAACUGUAAUAAAGAUAUCCAGGUGUUUUAUAUUUUUAUACAGCUAGCACAUUAAUAAAAGUGGACUCUUUAGCAAA